CAUUCGGUCGGUCAAAUAAAUGGCAGCCCACCCCCUGUUGUCAUACAAUUAACAUUUUGAAAAAAGCCAUAGCACGAAGAUUUGGACUUCGAUAUGACUACCAAGGCUGAAAAAGAGAAGGCAAAACAACUGCAAGAAAAAUGCCAAUCUGUGCUGAAUGCCCUUUUAAGGGACGAGGAUAACAAGUAUUGUGUGGACUGUGACUCUAAAGGACCAAGAUGGUCUUCCUGGAAUUUAGGUGUUUUCCUUUGUAUUCGAUGUGCUGGUAUCCAUCGAAAUUUGGGCGUUCACAUUUCCAAAGUCAAAUCUGUGAAUCUAGACUCAUGGACACCAGAACAAGUCGUCUCCUUACAACAAAUGGGGAACUCGAGGGCUCGUGCUGUCUAUGAAGCAAACUUACCCGACAGUUUCCGUCGACCGCAAAAUGAUCCUAGUCUGGAAACGUUCAUCAGGGCUAAGUAUGAGCACAAGAAGUAUAUUGCUAGAGAAUGGGUGCCUCCAUCAUUGCCAGAGGUGAACUGGGAGAAAGAAAUAGAUGAAGAAAUUGAGAGACAGAAAAGGAAGAAAACAUCUGUGAUGGAGAACAAGUCACACGGUGCGGUGGAAGUUCCGCAAUUGCCAAAACCUAAAACUGCAAGCCCAAAGCCAGGCAGAAUAAAUCCAAUCGUUCCUCCAAAGCAGGAAAACAAACAAAACGCCGAUUUGUUGGGUUUGCAGAAUGGAGAUGACAGUUUCAGUAACUUUCUAUCAGCGCCUGCUCCGGUUGCACAAGCUUCCAGCGAAAAGAAGGAGGAUGAGAAGGUCAUCGAUCCCGCUAAGAGCGAGGAGGAAAGUUUCUUUAAUCAGACAACACCAACUGUAAAGGGCAACGUUAAGUUAACCAAGGACAGUAUUUUAGCGUUAUACGGCAGUGCCCCUAUAAAUAAUUUCACUCAACCAGCGAAUAAUUUCCAACAACCGAGUCAUAAUUUUAGCGGUGCAGGAAGCUACAAUCCUCCGACUAACUAUCAACAGAUGACCAGUUUCGCUCCUGCCAUAUCAAAUUUUAAUCAAACUGCAACAGGCAAUUUCACCCAAGCGACACCGGCAAACUUUAAUAAUGUCGCUUUCAAUGCUUAUCAUCAACCACAGCAAUACCCAAAUCAAUUUUCCAUGCAGUAUAAUACAAUAGGCCAGUCAACUAACAACGCACUCGGUAAUCAAUUUAAUAAUCAGCAGCCUAUGCAGGGCAGCCAGUUCCAGAUGAAUCAGUUUCCUCGGGCAAAUGCCCAGCUUUCUCAACAAACCCCCAAUCCAUUUUUCAGCCAAUCGAAUCUUCAGCAACAGUUUGGCAAUUUACACUUAAACGGUUCCAACGGGGCGUCUGCCACGCCACCAACACUAGCUAGUAAUAUAUGGCAAUGAUGGUAAAAUUGCAAACGCCCACCCAAUGCAAAGUAAUUUAAUUUCAUAAGUUAUAUUUUCAAUGUAAUAUCAAGGAACACAUUAACAGAUAUAACAUUUUUAAUUUUAUUGUGAUCUGUUUUAUAUUAAUAAAUGUGGGUUCAAUGCAAUAUAUCUAAAACAAUGCACUCAAAAAAUGUUUCACUCAUAUAAAUCCUUGGAAGUGCAGUAUCAUUAUUAUCAGAUAUUGAAAACAUCUAGGCUUAAAGGAAUAUAUUGUGUGUUUGUUGUAUAUUUAUUGUCAUGUCGUAAAUAAAAGAAAAUGAUAAUGAAACCCUUUAA